AUGCAUUUAUCAACUCAAGAUAUAAACUUAGAAUAUUUAUCUAAAUAUUUCCACUUACCAAUCAAUAGUGUUGCUAAAGAGAUUGGUGUUUGUGCUACAGUCCUAAAGAAAAUUUGCCGUAGAAAUGGUAUCCCAAGAUGGCCACAUAGAAAGAUUAAAUCACUUGAUAAGAUGAUUGCUAAUCUCGAAAACACAGUACCAAAGUCAAAGGAGGAACAAAUUAAAAUCAAUAACGAAAUUGCUAUUAUUAAAAAAAAGAAAACUUUUUUAAUUAAAAAUCCAAAUAUAUUGGCAAUUAAAAACAACCAAUAUCUUUCAUUAAGUAGUAAAUUAAAUAAUGUUGCUCCACCAGAAAUCUCCGAUAAUAAUAUGUUAACAUUACAACAAUCUCAUCUUCAAUCACAACAACAAUCAUUUUUAAUUCAACAACAACAACAAUCUUUAUUACAACAAUAUCAAAAGCAACAACAACUACAACAAUAUUUUUUCAAUGACUAUAAUAGUAUGUACAAUUUCAAUAGCUCAAGUAGUAGCGGUAGCAGUGACGAUGAAGAAGAUGAAGACCAAUACUGUGAUUCACCUCUCUCACCAUACUCUAAUACAAUUUUACCAAACUACCCAUCAUCCCCAUUACCACAAGUCCCAUUAUCGCCAUCAUCCUCAUCACCAUCCACCUCAUCCUCAUCACCAAGCUUACCACAAUUUGUAUCUUCGCCAUUAGCACCAGUUUUAUUAUCCGCUUCAUCGCCAGCUUCACCAUUUUCAUAUUCCAAACCUACACCUAUCUUUUCAACAAAAAAAUCUUUAUCCUCUGGCAAUUUGCAUUCUUCCUCCUCACCAUCCAUUUCUCAAAAUAACAAUAAUUAUAAUAUAACUUUACCAAAAUUAAAUAUUCCAAAUAAUGAUCAUACACAAACUUUAUAUAAUAAUAAAAACAACUCUUUAAAUAAUAAUUUAUAUAAUGAAAAACCAAAAGAAGAAGAAGAGGACCAAAGCGAAUACCAAAAUUCUGAAUUAAGUAAUGCAAUGGCGGUAAUGGUAAUGGCGACUCUAAUGACUUCGGCAAAAAAUUAUAAUAAUAAUAAUAAUACCAUUAAUAAUAACAUUCAAAACAAAAAACCUUCCAAUAAUUUUUCAAAUAUUUUAAACAAUGAAAAUGAAAACUACCAAUUCAAUUUCGAUUUUACUAGAGCUGUUCCCGCUAUCCAAAAUUCUGUAUCAUUUGAUAAUGAACUUUAA